AAACCGAUCGCGGUGCGCUGGGCUUUUAACUCGGUUCGGCUCGGCUCCAGCGAGUCAGUUGGUCUUUGAACGAUCGACGCGGCGGUGGCACGCACCUGUGUGUACUUUCGCACUUUGUCUCGUAUUUUUCUGUCCUCUGCGUUUCGACUCGUUUCUUUGGUUCUUCAUUGCGUACUGCGAAAGUCUCGAUAUACAGUCAUGAGGUUGAACUCCGUUUUGCCGAAUUUCCAAGCCGACUCGACCAAGGGCCCGAUCGACUUUUACGAGUGGCAGGGCGAUUCAUGGAUCGUGUUGUUCUCUCAUCCUGCCGAUUUUACGCCCGUGUGCACCACCGAACUCGGCCGAUUGGCCGUGCAUCAGCCGCACUUCGAGAAGCGAAAUACGAAAUUGCUCGCGCUGUCGGUCGACAAACUCGACGAUCACGUCGACUGGGUGAACGACAUCAAAUCCUACUGUCCCGACAUACCCGGCGACUUUCCGUAUCCGAUCGUGGCCGAUCCCGAGCGCAAAUUGGCCGUCGAGCUCGGUAUGAUCGACGAGGAGGGCCGCAACGAUCCCAGCCAGGCUUACACCAUCAGGGCGCUGUACGUCGUCAGUCCGGAUCAUCGGCUCAGACUGUCCAUGCAUUAUCCCACCUCGACGGGUCGCAAUGUCGACGAAAUAUUGAGAGUCAUCGAUUCGUUGCAGCUGGUCGAUCGCAAGCCCGAGAUCGUUACACCCGCAAACUGGACCCCCGGAGAUAAAGUCAUGAUCGUUCCGAGCGUCAAGGAGGAGGACAUACCGGCUCUGUUCCCCAACGGGAUCGAUCGGGUCACCAUGCCGUCCGGUAAAAAUUACGUCCGCACGACCACCGAUUAUUGAUUUCCAUUGUCGCACUAUUUUUUACUUCUAUACACCUUUACGAUAUUUUGUUACGCAUAAACACGAGAGAGAGAAAAAAAAUAAAGAGCCUCAGAGUUUUAACGCA